UUGAGUACAAAUGCGGCUUCCACAUUAACAAAAGCUCUUCCACAUUUUCCCAUUGAAACAUGAGGCGAACUGUUUUUAUCUAUGUAUUUAUACUGAAAUAUGAAUUUCACAUCAGAGUUGGAAAAGGCUAUACAAAAUAAGAAAGACCAACUGCAAGGCAAACUCUCAGAACUCCAGAACAGUCAUGACACAGACUACAGUCUCAUCCUGAAGUUACUGACCAAACAAGUGGAGGUGGGAGAGGCACAGAGUGAAGUAUGCUCUGGGCAGACCGACUCAGAAGAUCUACUCACUGGAAUCAACAAGAAACUGGCAGCAAGAGAGGAACAAAUCCGAAGUCUUGAAGCUCAGAUCAAAGGGCUUCAGGAACAGCUAGAAGCGCGGUCUGAAGAAAUAUCUGGACUUUCAGACCAAUUUAAAGCUGUGCAGAAGGAACUCACAGAGAAGAAUGGACAGCUGGAGGAAGCAGCUAAAGGCAGAACAGAACAGGACCUAAAAGCCCAAGAGACAGUGGAAGAGAAUGCCAAACUGAAAAACAGAAUUGCAGCCUUGGAGAAAGACAAGGCCCAAAUGGAAAACAGCUGUGCAUCCCUUCAGGACCAGUACACAGAUCUGAAGGAAAAGUUUGAAAAAGACAUAGCUGAAAUUGAAGGUGUCCCUAAAUUAGUACUCAAAAUAAACAUGCUGAACACUGAAAUUGCAAGCCUUCAGGGAGCCGUAGCCCGUGAGUCUGGAGAUAAGACGGAACUAAAGAACAUGUUAGCAGAGAAGCAGAAACAGUUGGAGGAUGCAGAAAAAGAUCUCGGAGACAAAAGUCCAUCAUCUACAUCCAUAAAGCAACUCAUUGCCAUAAUAAAGGAAAGAGCUACCAUAAAUUCAGAUACAAACUCGGACUAUUUAAGACAAAUAUCAGAACUGGAGCGGGAGCUGGAUGAGAAGAUUGAGGCUCUGAAUGGAAAAGAUGCAGAGAAGAUGAAAGCUAUGAUCAGGGUGGUGGAGCUGCAGGAUGAGAUAUCCCUCCUGAAGAGGAGACUGUCCAAAAUAACACAGGAGUCAACCCAAGAACUCGCCGCCAAGGAGGCAGAGCUGGAAAAGAAGAGACAUAUGAUCAAUGAACUGAUAGCAAAGGACUGUGGAUCUAAUGAAAGACAGGAUGAGAUCGCCGCUCUACAGUCUGAGGCCAAGACGUUGCAGACAGAAAUAAAAUCGCUGAGGGAGUUGUCUCAAAAAGACAUAGCAGAGUUGGAAAAACGUCUGAAGAAGAAAGAAGAUGACCUGAAAACCAGCAAUGAGAAACUCGAAAGCUUGGAUAAGGAGAAUGGAGCUCUAGUUUCAAAGGCCAUAGAACUACAAGAUAGAAUGAAAAACCUUCAGAUUGCGGAGACAACCUUGAAGCAGAGGACAGCAGACGAGAUGGCAGACCUCAAGAAACAACUGCAAGAGAUGGAAAGGCAGAAUGUUGAUCUAAAAGCUAAAAAUGAAGAGCUGGCAGACGCUGCCAAGGAGGCUGGGGCAUGCACUGCUCUGAAAGACGCAAAUGAAGCUUUGAAGGGUGACAAAGCCAAGCUCCAGGAUCUGUUGACAUCAAAAGAGAAUGAGAACAAAAAUCUCCUGAAUAAAAUUGAUGACCUUGAAAAGCAAGCUGCACAAAAGAAGGACAAUGAAAUACACAUUGUUCAGCCAGCCAUUGACCCGGACACUGCGCACGAAAAGCUCCAACUGUCCAAGGACUUCAGAGAAAUGACACUUCUUUCGAAUCCAUUGAAUGUACCUGAGGUCUCGGCAAGGUACGACAUCGCCCUGGCCGCCUUGGCUAAGACAGGGUUUGACAGUGGCCGGCAGUACUGGGAGGUGUCGGUGGUGGGAAAACAGUGCUACAACCUGGGAGUGGCGGCGGAGACGGCCCAGAGGAAAGGGCCCAUAAGAUACAAUCCCAGAUUCCUCUACUGGACAAUUCGCCUGACGAGAGGCGACGAGCUCAUCGCUAUAGGCAAAUCGCAAACCAAGCUGAGAGGGCAGGGUACAGACAAGCCCACGACCAUUGGCGUGCUGUUGGACUUCAAGAAGAAGGAGAUCUCGUUUUAUGAUGUAGGCCGGAGAGCUCACAUGUACACCUUCAAGGAUGUUGAAAGCAAGUCGAAGCUUUUCCCGUUCAUGAGCACUUGUGAGGACACUGGUGUGGGCUCUACCCCGAUGGUGUUCAGCUCAGACCCCUAUGCUGAUUGGAUAACCUCCUGAACUGGAUGACCAAUCAGCAGCAUGCACUGUUCCAUUUAUCUCUUAUGCUUGUAUCAGUCUUUACUUGAUUAAUGCUCUGCUACCCAAUUUGUGCUUUCUGAA